ACUAUUUCUUAUUUCAAGACGAAACUAAAGAUGGCAUCCUUCUUGAAAACCGUCAUCGUUUUAAUUUUCUUUGUAGCAGUUCCUAGCUUUGCUGCUCCUGUAUCAAACUCAACAGAAAUUGUUCCUGUAGAAACUGAAGCAAAUAAGACACAAACAACAGAAAUUCCAACCGAAAGGGAUGCAAAAGCUGUAGAAUAUAGCAAUCAAGAACAAGAAUUAGCAACAGAGAUACCAUCUACAAUGCCAACAACCGAAGUGCUAAUUGAUCCAAAAAAUUUGAAUGAAAGAUUUAUCACUUGCGAACAGAAGAUUGCAAUCGAACGUCCAAAUUUCGAAGUAUAUCCUAAUGGUUCCGUUAUUAUUCCGUAUUUAGAAGCAAUGUUAGCAAAAGGAGAUUACUUUAUUACUGGAAACCUUCUUGUUAUCUGUGUAGGAAAUUAAAUUACGUUUUCGUCA